AUGAGGCUGCUGGCAUUUCUGUGCCUGCUGUGUGGCAUGGCAGCUGCACCCCCAGCUCCGGGGUGGCCCAAGCCCAUGUUCGGACGCCUGGCAUCUCCUGGCUUCCCGGAGAAUUAUGCCAAUGACCUGGAGCAGCGCUGGACGCUGACUGCGCCCCCUGGCUACCGCUUGCGCCUCUACUUCACGCACUUCGACCUGGAGCUUUCCUACCGCUGCGAGUACGACUUUGUCAAGCUGAGUUCGGGAGCCAAGGUGCUGGCCACGCUGUGCGGCCGGGAGAGCACGGACACGGAGCAGGCGCCCGGCAACACCACCUUCUACGCGCCGCCGGGCUCCAGCCUGGAGGUCACCUUCCGCUCCGACUACUCCAACGAGAAAUCCUUCACAGGCUUCGAGGCCUUCUACGCCGCAGAGGAUGUUGACGAGUGCUUUGUGGGCUCUGGAAAGGCACCCGCCUGUGACCACCACUGCCACAACUACUUGGGUGGCUUCUACUGCUCCUGCCGCCCUGGAUACAGUUUGCACCAGAACAAGCAUACCUGCUCAGCCCUGUGCUCAGGCCAGCUCUUCACCCAGCGCUCAGGUGAGCUCAGCAGCCCAGAAUACCCGCAGCCGUACCCCAAGCUCUCCAGCUGCAGCUACAGCAUCCGCCUGGAAGAGGGGUUCAGCAUCAUCCUGGACUUUAUGGAGUCCUUCAACGUGGAGACACACCCUGAAACCCAGUGCCCCUAUGAUUCCCUCAAGAUUCAGACUGACAAAGAGGAAUAUGGCCCAUUUUGUGGGACAACGUUGCCUCCUAGGAUUGAAAUAAAGAGCAACAACGUGACCAUCACCUUUGUCACCGAUCAGUCAGGGGACCACACAGGCUGGAAGAUACGCUACACGAGCACAGCUCAGCCGUGCCCUGAUCCGAUGGCACCACCUAACGGCCACAUUUCACCUGUGCAAGACAGAUACAUCCUCAAGGACCACUACUCCCUCCUCUGCGACACUGGCUACGAGCUUCUCCAAGGUUACUUACCCCUGAAGUCAUUUGUUGCAGUCUGUCAGAAAGACGGAUCUUGGGACCAACAGAUGCCAGAAUGCAGCCUAGUAGACUGUGGCCCUCCAGAUGAUCUACCCAAUGGCUACACUGACUAUAUCACAGGUCCUGAUGUGACCACUUACAAAGCUGUGAUUCAGUACAGGUGUAGAGAAAACUUCUACACAAUGAAAAUGAGUAAUAAUGGUAAAUAUGUGUGUGAGGCUGAUGGAUUCUGGAAGAGCGCCAAAGGAGAAAAAUCACUCCCAGUCUGUGAGCCUGUUUGCGGUUUAUCAGCCCGUACUGUAGGACAACGUAUAUAUGGAGGACAAAGUGCAAAGCCUGGUGACUUCCCUUGGCAAGUGCUGCUAUUAGGGGAAACUACAGCAGCAGGUGCACUCUUAGAUGAUAACUGGAUCCUAACAGCUGCUCACGCCAUCUAUGAGCAAAAGGAUGACGCUUCUUCCCUAGACAUCAGAAUGGGUGCCCUGAAGAGAGUCUCGCCUCAUUAUACACAAGCCUGGGCAGAAGCCAUUUAUAUACAUGAAGGUUACACUCAUGGUGCCGAUUUCAACAAUGAUAUAGCACUGAUUAAACUGAAGGACAAAGUUGUAAUCAACAACAACAUUAUGCCUAUUUGUUUGCCAAGAAAAGAAGCAGAAUCCUUUAUAGGCUCCACUGGAACUGUAGCUGGAUGGGGUUUAACACAAAGGGGUUUUCUUGCCAGAAAUCUAAUGUUUGUUGACAUACCAAUUGUUGACCACCAAAAAUGCACUGCUGCGUAUGAAAAGCAGGCCUACCCAGGGGUUAGAGUAACUGAUAACAUGCUAUGUGCUGGCUUAGAAAGUGGGGGAAAGGACAGCUGUAAAGGUGACAGUGGAGGCGCACUGGUGUUUCUAGACAAUGAGACACAGAGAUGGAUUGUGGGAGGAAUAGUGUCUUGGGGUUCCAUUAACUGUGGGGAAGCUGAGCAGUAUGGGGUCUAUACAAAAGUCACCAAUUACAUUCCCUGGAUCAAAAACAUAAUUAGUAAAUUUUAA